AUGCUUGCAUCGGCAAUGAUGAUGCAGAUCCGUCGAGAUCUCUACAUCCCAGAUGAGGACACCGAGAUUGGAAAGUUCUUGUCGGUGCACACCUCGCAAUGCAUCACAGGUGGACACGAUUCACAAGGUCCAGUACACUUUGAUUCCUGCAAUUCCAACGCAGGGGAGCUGCAAGUGGAAUGGACCUCGAGGAAUUACAUCCAGAUCAGUCCGCACGUGAACCAUCAUUUGGUUUGUUUGCGGACACAGAUUAUGGCCCAAGUGCCGUGCAACAAGGGCACCAAAUGGAAAAUGGAAGGGAAGCAACUUCGAUCUCUGGAUCGCAAAGGCUCUUGCUUAACCAGGAGUCCUUCCGGUGAAGCCUUAGAUCUGGUGAACUGCAAGGACGUGCGACUUCAACAGUGGCUGUUCCAGAAUCCUGGAACCCUCAGUGGGCCAGACAAAGAUCUUUGCGUUGACAACAUGCAGAGGAGCUCGGGGCCCCCUGGGCUCUACGGUUGCCACGGUGGCAACACGCAACGCUGGCAGCUGGACGAUCAGCAGAGGCUACGCUCCGGCGAAGGCUCUGCCGCAAUCUGCCUCGGGUUCGACCCCUCCGUGUCUAUCGCGUCCUGCGCGCCCGAUGACGUAGCGUUCGAGUGGAUUCGGAGGACCAGCAACCACAAGGACACCUUAGGCACGGUGAAGAUUGCUGUGGGAGGUCUGAACGAAGUUUGGCAAAAUAGCUGGUAA